GAUUACGAACGCUAGAAAUACUUCGUGAUAAGAAACGAUUAGCUGUGCGCGUAUAGAUACAAUUCACGGCGUUCAAGUGCGAUUAUUUAACAAGAGUCAUUGACUCCUUUUCAUUAGUUUUAAUAGUUCGUUUAUUAGUCAGUUUGCUGAUUUUGCAGUAGAAGUAGUAGAAGAAAAAGUGAAAGAUGCAAAAAAUUGUUGUAUUUGGAGGCACCGGUAUGACCGGUCAAUGUGCUGUGCAAUAUGCGCUUGAUAAGGGCCUCAAGGUUCGCCUUAUGGUGCGAAAUGAAGCAACAGUUCCAGAAUCUUUUAAGAAUCAAGUGGAACUAGUGAAGGGUGAUGUAGUCAAUGCAGAGGAUGUAGUCAAAGCGAUUAGCGACCAGGAACUCGUAUGCGUUGUAUUGGGGACAAGAAAUGACCUGAAACCGACCACAAUGAUGUCGACUGGGAUCCAGAAUAUUGUAGAUGCUAUGAAGGCUGCACAUCUCAAAAAAGUAUCUGUAUGUUUGUCAUCCUUCCUGUUUUUCGAUGCGGACAAGGUGCCAAAGAUGUUCACUGAGUUGAAUGCUGACCAUAAACGGAUGCUGGAUGUACUGAAGGCUUCCGAUUUGGAGUAUCGUGCAAUUCUUCCUCCACAUAUCGCUGAUGAACCUUCAACCGAGUACGUUAUCGCAUAUGACAAAUCGCCUGGAUUGACGCGUUCGAUUUCCAAAUUAGAUUUAGGCAAGUUUUUGAUCGAAGCGCUAUUCGAAGAUCAACAUGCUGGCAAAGUUAUUGGAAUGUGCACGAAACCUGCUUGUUAAACUGACGAGGGAUGACAUUUCACUUGCAUUAUAAUGGACGCAUUAUUUCUAAUACUAGGUAGUGUGUUACACAUUGAAUCGUUUAUUGAACAUUAAAUAGAAUGCAUAGCUAGCAAUAAAUCACAAAUCGUAUCUUCCUUCUUAUA